AUGGAACCAAACCACAAAGUUUUUCCUGUUGGAUUCAGGUUUCGUCCAACAGAUUGUGAGAUUUCAAAAUAUUUCUUGACAAGAAAAGCUCUGGAACAACCGAUGAUAACUCUCACUGUACCUGAAGAGUGUCAUGAUAUCUUCUCAAGACAUCCUCGUGAUCUGCCUGGUUAUCCAAUAGAAACACAUUGGUACUUUUAUUGCCGAAAACUUGACAGCCAAGUUACUCUUAACUCUCAUAGUAUUUGGAAACAAAUCGGAGAAGAAACUGGUGUGUUAGAUAAAAAGAAUAAUGAUACAUUAGUUAGUAUCAAACGUCGGUUCACUAUCAUUGAUCCUGAAGAAGGGCCUGACGAUAUUCUAUUGUCAGAAGAAGACAAACCUCCACAAUACAAUUGGUUCAUGGAUGAAUUUAGCCUCCCAAUGACAGUUUCAGAGACUGAUUGGGUUUUCUGCCAUGUUUUCCGUAAGAAAAUCAAACCUGGAUCCAAAUCUGAAGAAGAAGGAGAAAAUGAAGAAGACGAAGCAUAG